AUGGAAGACACCGGCCCUAUUACCCAAUUCCCAGCUGACGGCCUCCGCGCCUCGAAGCGGCUCAUCACGUCCCACAAUUCCGAGGGCAAAGGCGUCUUCAUCACCGAGGACCACGGUGACCACCACAAGAUCAUGGUCCGCGGCAAAGGCGUAGCCAACAUCAUCUACAGCACCAAGGGCAACCCGGUAGACAUGACCGAUGACGCGGACGUCAAGUUCGCCAAAGAAAACGAGCCUCCCCUGCACAUCCCCAACGGCUCAGUCGUCCGUCUCAUUGACUUUGCCCCCGGCGUCGAAUCGCCCAUGCACCGCGCCGUCUCCCUGGACUAUGGCAUUGUUGUCGAGGGCGAAGUGGAGAUUACCCUGGACAGUGGCGAGUCCAAAAUCAUGAAACCGGGCGAUAUCUCGGUGCAGCGCGCUACGAUGCACAAGUGGCGGAAUGUGUCCGAUACGAAGCCCGCUCGCGUGGUGUUUAUUUUGUUGGACUGCUUGCCAUAUUCGGUAAAUGGGGUGCAGAUGACGGAGGAUUUGGGCGAUUUGGCUGGUGAAUAUGCUAAGAGGGAGGAAUGA